AUGGACAACCCGGGCACCUGGCUUGGGGCUACCCAGAAAAGAAAAAAGUGUGAGACUAGUAGAGUGCAGCAGCCAGGGAGAGUGUAUACUACUUUUGCAGUAGGUGCUGAGGGGUCAGAGACACUGAUCAAAGGUAGUGGUAAGAUAGCCGGUAAAGUUUUAAGUGCACUGUUUGAUUCUGGAGCAAUGCAUUCAUUCAUUGCAUUUGAGAAGGCUGAUGAACUAGGAUUGAAAAUAGUGGUCUUGGAUUAUGAUUUAAAGGUGUAUAAUGUUACCCAUGAAUCUAUGGUGACUAGGUUAGGAUGUCCACAAGUUCCGUUUCGAGUACAACAACGUGAAUUCGUGCAUGAUCUGAUUUGUCUGCCGAUGACUUGUCUUGAUCUCAUUCUGGGGUUGGACUGGUUAUCUAAGAACCAUUUUAUACUCGACUGUUUUGAGAAAUCAGUGUGCUUUAUGCCGGAGGAUACAGAAGGGCCGGUUGUGGCGAAUAGCUACUAUUUGAACUCUAUGACAGUAAAUUGUUCUGGGAUUGAAUGCCAGGGUAUCAUGUUAUUAACUGCGGGUGUUUCGGGUGAUGAUCAAAGUUUGGAGUAG